UUUCAGACGGCGGUACCUUUUUCCUUCCCUCUGGAAAAUUUUCCUACGCUCAACAAAUACUGGAAAAAAGAAACCACUGACCUGUUAUCAUACAAAAGCAACAGCACUAUUGAUACACGGAUACAGUCACUGAUACAGGACAGGUACUAAUCGAGAUAAAAAAAAAAAAAUAAGUAUUGGUUCAUAAAACGGAUGAAUUUAGGUUUCUGGGAAACUGUCCUCCUCCUCCUCCCCUAACUCAACGUUAACAUUUGCGUCUUACUUGGGGCAAAAUGUUGGGUUAGGAGAGGGGUAGGUGGGCAGUUUCCCAGAAACCUAAAUUGUUCCAAUAAAGCAUCUCUCACGUAAAGCUGUAACUCAAAAGGUAUAUUUUCUUCGCUUUGUUUAUCAAUGAGUACCUUGAACUGUUAAAUUGCCACUGACAUAAGUAAGUCAGACAGAAGUGUAUAGAGUCUGUGCGAGGCGACCGUGUUGGCGGAGUAAACACCAAAAAAAUAUUUGCAUAAAAGUGAAAAUUUUUUCCCAAAGCAAAAGCGUUUAAUUGUUUUACUCCUUCAAAUGGCCGUCGCGCACUUACUCUAUAAUCCUUUCUAAGACUUUUAUCAAAAGGUUGGCAAGUACAGUGGAACCCCGUUAAUACGGUCACCAUGCAAUGGGCCAAAACAAAUUGGUCGUAUUAACGAGAGUUUUUAACAAGAAACUGUAUGGCCGUUUUGCUAGGCGGAUAAAAAAAAGUGGCCGUAACAACGAGGUGACCGUAAGGCGGGGUUUCACUGUACGGCCAAUGUCUCCUUUUCCUCCUGCACUGAUAGGACUAUGUAUUAAAAGACUGGCUCUCUAGCUUGACCUUAGGUGCAACGGUGCAAAAAGUCUUCUCGUAAUAGUUAUAAAACAAGUCUUCCAUAAAAAGGAGGUCAGAAAUACGUCAUCUUCAGUCGCCGAUGAAGACCUUAGGCGGUAAUGAGCCCCUGAAAAACGAAACGGGGAGGGGGGUGGGUGGAGGCUAUACACUAGUAUCAACAACAUAACCUCUGCCCUAAAAAGUCAUAGGGGGAUAGAAACAGUUUAGUAGGGAUUGCAUUCUGCGAACAAUGGUAUCGAUAUUAAUUGAAUCGUUGACCCUCAUCGUUUCAGUUGUAGGAAGGAGAUGAUGUUAAAGGAGGUCUCUUGUUUAACAUUAGGUGUAACUGUGAUAAACCUUUUGCUUUUCAGAUUAUAUAUUUAUAAAUGCUAGAUGCUAGUUGUCUACUUUUAUCCUACAGACUUGCGAGUCAAGAGAGUAGACAAGUGCGACUGGAAAAGCGCUGGUCACAGUAUCAAACUGAACUUCACAACAUUCAGAACACCAAGAUGAGAAGAAACCAUUCAACAUGGCUGACUGCUAAAACUGUG